AGAGGUUUAAAGGAAAUACAAAUACUGUUGUUAUAUUUUGUGUAAAGUUCUUAAAAUGAAUUCUAGAAAAUCGAAAAGGAACAUAGAGAAGAGUUUUCUGGUUCAUGAAGAGAUAAAUCAACAUACAAAUCAGUUAUUUGGAGGAGUUGCAUUACAUUCUUCUAAUGAAGCUAAACAACACACAAUUUUUAAAAAAGAUGAAAUACAGAACGUGAAUACAACAAAAAAAGCAAUACAAGGAGAUAAUAAACUAAAAUGUGUCACAAAAGUUCAUCUGGAGCGUAUUCCAUUGCAAAAUUUAUUAAAUUAUCAACAGAAAUCCUUUUUUGAAAAUUAUAACAGUAACCUACGAAGAAGAGAAUGUAAUUCCUUUUGUGAUAAUGGUAUUGAUCCAACUGCAAUAAAAAAAAGUUUGAAGAAUUCUGAAGCUAUGCCAAAAAAUGUUCAUUAUGACAUUGAAAAUAUGAGAGGUGUUACAAAAGUAAUAGAAAAAGAAAAGAAAAAUCUGGAUUUAAGGCAGACUACAAGAACUAGAAAAUCUAAUACGAUAAUGGAAAACAACAACAAAAGUAAAAUUUAUGAAUGCCAAGAUGAGGUUGCUUUUGAAAGGAAAUUCAAUAAAGGAAAAACACUUAAAUCUACAAAAUCAAAUGACUCUAAAGACAAAAAGAAACAAACUCAAGACAUAAUGAAAAUGGAUAAAUCUCAGAAAAAAGCAAUAUCAACUACUAAAAGUAAUAAUCAUAGGAAGAACAUACAAAGUCCAAUGUUAGUCACAUCUAACAAAAAUAUAAUAGGUAAUAGCAACACUACAUUAAAAACACCAAUUUACAAACAAUUUCAAAUGGAUACAGAUAAUAAAGAUCAUAAAGAUGAAUAUGAUUUUAUAGUUUCUCCAUCUAAUACUAGAUAUAAAUUAAAAAAGAAAAGAAGAAAUAACACAGCUCAAACACCAGUAAGUUUUCACUUAUUUGAUAUUCCCAAAUUUACCAAAAAGAGGCCUAGAAGACGUCGUCAAUUUCCUCGCACAUUUCAAGCACUUUUAACAGUUAAUCCAAAAAAUCAAAGAAAAGUGGAUAUACCUGAAAGUAAUUUGGCAAAUAAUUAUUCCGUGUCAACUUUGAUAAAUGACAAAGAUGUAAUAGCAGCGAAACCUUUAAAUAAUCUUGAAAGAGUAAUUGCUAAUAUAAAAAGCAAUAUAAAAAAUAAAAAUGAAAUAAAAUUAAGUAGUGAGAAACAGGAGAUUCCUCAGAAUAUUCAACAGACUAAUGAAGAUUACGAUUCUGAUGGAAUAAAUAAUAAUGAAAGUGACUUAAAUAUUAUGAAACCUUUAAAUAUAGACAAUGAAUCUCAAAAAAAUAAUAAAACUGUAGAAGAAGAAAUUGACACUUAUUUUGGUUUUGACGAUGAAGACAAAUCCCCUAUCAUAAGAACGAAUAUAAAAGAAAAUUCAAACAGUAUUUCAAAAAUAUUUGGUAUUAAUAAAACUUCUGCAGUUGAAUCACCUUCUACAUCUAGUAGAACGUUAAACAACAAAAUAAGGAUACUUUCGAAUAUUCUAGUCAAACCUUCUUCUUUGGUAACCUUUGUACCUGAUAAAACCACGAAUGAAAGUUCUCUUUUUGAAACAAGUAACAGCACAUUAAACAACACUAAAAAUUUACAAAAUAAUGUUGAUUCCCUACAAGGUACUAUCAAUGAUAGUUUUAAUUUUGAACAUCUCCGUAAAAAAGGUCCUGGUGCCAAUAGUACCAUGAUCCGACCUCUUGACAAUAAGAAAUCGUUUUCUUGGAGACUUGACGAGCAUCUAUUUCAAUAUAAUCCUCACUUUUUAAUGUUAAAAGAAAGUUCUCUACCAGCCACUGAUCAAGAUAGCAUUAUCAAUCAUACAUUCGACGACAGCAUAUGUCAAAAUACUAAAAAAUCUGUACAGAAUGACGAUUGUAGGAACACCGAAAAUCAAGUUGUACAGAAAAGUAUUUUAGAUUUUGUUGAAUCAUCAGGGAAACAAGACAUUGAACCUAAACUGAAAAGAGUAAGCUUUUUUAACAUUGACGAGUUGAGUCCUUUAAAGGAGUCACAACAACAAAAUUUACUAGAAAGGAAUCCCGGGAAAGUAAAACGUAACAUAUUCAAGAAAAUUAGUCCUAAAAAGAAUUCUUCUAAUAAAGAAAAUGUGAAUGUUAAUAACAAGAUUCGUCCUAAAAAACAAAAUAAAGAGAACAGUCCAACAAAACACUCUCCUUUCAGCAGUUUUGACAAAGAAAUCAAUCCUAAAAGAAACUCUUUUUCUGAAGACGUAAAUUCGUCAGAAUCAUCAUUUAUAGAAAAUUUAUCGCCAGUGGUUGUACUUAAAAGAAUAGAUCUAACUUUACUUCGAGAAAGGAAAUUAAACCUAACUGAUGAUUUUGGUUUUGAUUCUCUUCUUAUUGACGAUAAUGUAGUUAAAAAUCGCAAUAAGAAUGAAGCACCCACACGAAUUUCGAUUAGGGAAAUAAAAAAAGUGUUGAUCAACAACAAUUCUGCUAACCAAGCAGCUAAUGUUGUCGUAGAAAAUUCACCCAACAAAGUAGUGAACGACAGUGAUUCCGAUAAUGACGAUCUAGCUGUAGAUAUGCCUCAAAAAGCUGACGAAUUUCCUAACGAUGAAAAUAAUGUAGGUCUGUUUGAAGAUCUUAAACUAGACCCAAAGCCAAUUGCUAAAAAAUACGAACGUAAAAGGCCUGUUAAACGCAAACGAAGAUUUUAUUCGAAAGAUUCUGAUUCGGAGCAUUCGGUUGUUGUUACUUCGAAGAAGAAAAAGAAAAACAUUCUUGGUAAAGAGGAGGAAAAAGAAUUCGAAAAAUGGGCAGCAGCAUUUAAUUCAGAAUGUGAAGAAGUGGAUAAAUUUGACCUGGAAAUUGAGUAAUGAAUUUUUGACUAUUUUAAAAUUUACAUUUUAUAUGAAUUAUUUUUUUAUAAUUCAAUUCCCUUUAAGUGUUGAAUAUAUUUGUAUAUUGUUCUUCAAAAUGCCAUAGUUUACUGUUACCACUUACCAGUGCAUCACAUCAUGUGGUUGAAAGGAUCCGAUUUUGU